UACUGCGCAUUGUUUUGUUCACGGUUCACGGGUUAAGCUUCCUCGGGGAUGUGGACUGGACAAUUUACACUGCAAUGUCGGAUUCUUUUUAAGAAAUGCUGAUUAAUUGCUGAGGACUUAACACUAAUUCCACAAUGUACAGGAUUAUCGACAAGAUCAAAGCGAACCGGACCCAUGAGAAGCAGAUGACAUUGCCCGGCGACGUGAAGUCGCUGACCAGUUCCAUCAACAUAGGGGAGGUGCUGGAGGUCACCCAGCCGUCCAUCAUAGGACGAGGAAUAUGCCGCGAUGAACCACUGACUGACUCCGGUAAAAAGCUUCAGCUUAUAAAGAUGCUGUGUCUCACCGUUCUCCCUAUCCUGGGACUGUGGGCCUACACUGUGUAUACCCUAGCAGACAUUAUUGAGGCCAAAAACGAAAACGAAUCGACACGAAGCGCUCUUGAGUUCAGCGUUGAGCUUGGUAAACUGGUCCACCAUUUACAGAAGGAACGUGACAUGAGUGUGUUAUAUCUCAGCGCUCUUGGACCACAGACAAGAACGUUCUUGCUAGCAGAGUACAUCGAAACUGACCAGGCUAUCAGCAAGCUCUCAAGAUGGCCCGGAAACCUGGACGAAUUAGAACGAGAAAAAUUUGACACUCGCGAAAAUUUACAGCAGUAUCUUUCGCGGCGGCGCCAGGUUCUGAGCCCCACCCGGUACAGCCUACAGGACGAGAUAGAGUUCUACUCCAGUAUAAUAGAGGUGGUUAUCAUAUGGAUGUACAACUCAAUCAAUGAGUCCAAAUUCGCUCUGGUCUGGAAGACGUUAGUAGCUUACCAGAAACUGACCAGCGCUAAAGAGGCGGUGGGGGUAGAACGGGCCCUAGGAACCGUGUACUACGCUAACGGAGGGUUCGAGAACCACGCUUAUUUCGAGAUGUAUAAUAACAGAGUGCACAACUUUCGAGCGUAUUAUAAAACGGCGAGGAGGUAUUCCAAACGAGUGGUGGACCUAUACACGGUGAACGUGGCCUCGGCCGGCAACAACGUGACUGAGAUCAUCGACAGCUACAGGUUCGAGAUCCAGCAACACGUCCAGGGGAUCAACAACACACAGGCCAACCUAGCCAAGGCCCGCUGGUGGUUCGAUAACAUGACCCUGUACCUGGAUACCCUACUGGACAUCCAACAGGACCUGGGUAACGAGAUUCUGUUUGUUCUGGACAGCGUGCUGGAGAACGCCACCAGAGACCUGGCUGUCAGCGCCAUCUUUUUGGUGGUGGUCAUUCUGAUGUGUCCGCUCAUUAUCUUUGUGACAGAGAACCUGACCAGUGUUAUUCAGAAAUACGCCUUAACCCUCGUUGAUAAAACAAAGGAAUUAAGUUUAGAGAAAAAAGUGACAGACUCGUUGUUAUAUCAGAUGGUCCCUAAGCAAGUUGCCGACAAACUGAAGAAAAGCGUUCACAUUGAUGCCGAAUACUUCAAGUCUGUGACCAUUUUCUUCUCCGACAUAUGCGGCUUUGCCACCAUUUCUACCACCUCUUCUCCAAUGGACAUAGUUCAACUUCUGAACACGAUAUACGUGACGAUCGACGAUUUACUUGAUGACUACGACGUCUAUAAGGUGGAGACAAUCAACGACUGUUACAUGGUGGCCUCGGGUUUGCCAAAUCGGAACAAAGACAAACAUGCCGGAGAAAUCGCGACAUUUGCUUUGGAUCUCUUGGCCCUGAUGAAGCACAAACAGUUUACAAUUCUUGGAGACAGAAGGAUAGAACUCAGAAUUGGCGUCAACUCUGGUCCUUGUAUGGCUGGUAUAGUGGGCUCCAUUCUCCCUCGGUACUGUCUGUUCGGCGACACUGUCAACACGGCAUCUCGAAUGAAGUCCAUCAGUUUACCCAACAGGAUAAACAUCAGUCAGUCUACCUACACAGCUCUCCACAAAAUCGGCGGAUUCGUCGUCAGGAAGCGCGGGACAGUCCUUGUCAAGGGCAAGGGAGAGAUGGUCACUUACUGGCUAAUCGGGAAGAAAAAGUCAGAGGAAGGUGGCUCCUUCCAUCUCACCGACUCGGAAUCUGUCGAUGAGGUCGAUGUUCCGCGAGAGGAACUGCCAGGGGAAAUCACCCAGUUCACCGAUCCGCACUUGCGCUCUGCCCUUUCUCUACCACUUCCGGGUCGCCACGCUGCAGUGACAAUGACAUACUCUCAACAACAUGGAAGCACCCCAAACGAGACAUCCGGAAAAACCGAGGAGAAACCGGAGAAGGAAAAGACGGGCCUCCGGGCGCUAAUUUCAGAAAAACUUGACAAAGUUGCGCGUGUUCUGCCAAAUACAUUCCAACUGACGGAGGAAAACGGGGAAAAAGAAGAGGACAAAUAACGGUGAUCGGAUAAAAAUAUGAGGACUUGUAAAAACGCUUUAUAUGAGUUGUUGGACUGUUACACUGUUAUUUUGGGAUGUUUAUGAAAUCAUUUGAUUUUAAAUAAUUAUUACGCUUGAUGUUAUGCUAAUCAAGACCCCUUUGCGAGAUUUUUACCUGUUCAUUGUUAAUAAAGAUGUAAGAGAGAAAUUGAUAGUAUGGUAAUUUAUGGUAUUUAGUUACAUAUUUGUUGAUAAAUGUUAUGCUUAUCUAGUGUUGUUCUAUAUAGAGUUCUUGUCUUUAUACCAGAUUUUUGUUAUGUCUCCUGAUUUUAAUUUCAAAAGUGUGAUUUUUGUGCUUGUACCUCACUAAGUAGGAUUUCUAAUAAAUUCUGGUAUUAUACCCA